UAGCAAAAAAAGUUAAGCCGGAAAAUAUCGUCCCUGAUUAGCCUGUGCGGACUGCACUGGAUAAUCUGGGAAGACACUUUACGCACAUGCAUUUAGCCCCCUUUUCACAAAGCACGGUCCAACUAUAUAGUGAACGGGCCUCACAUAGUGGUCAGCAGGUAUUUUAAAACUUGGUCUAAACAUCUUUGUCAGAGACUGUUUUUUUCCAUUCUGAAAACAUAUACGAAUAUUUCUUUGCAACCAUGAGACUGUGGUCCACAUGUUUGAUAUUUGUGUGCGUGGUCGCUAAUGUUGUUGCUUUUCCCAGAAAGGCAAACGUUGACAAAAGGUGGCAUUUCCUUGUACCUGUUUUGCAAGCAAAACCACCCGCAACACAAACAUUAGAAGGAAAUCUAUGGCCUCCCGAAUUAAUGGAAUUAACCUCCUUGUACGCCAAAUGUCAGGAAAUGGGGCUUUCCGCGAGGGCUUAUCCUAGCAAAGGAACGAAUGCGGAAAUGGGAACACAUGGGGACAUUGGAACUGAUCCGGACAUAGGAAUGGAACCGGGCAGUGGAAACGAACCGGGCAGUGGAAACAAACCGGACAGUGGAAACGAACCGGGCAGUGAAAACGAACCGGGCAGUGAAAACGAACCGGGCAGUGGAAACGAACCGGGAACGGGAAUGCUAGAACUUGCUUGCGAACAAUUGUCAAGAGAGAUAAGAGACAUGAAGAUUUAAAAAGCCCAUGGAAAUCUCUUGGAAAAUUGUCUAAUCCUUCAAACUCGACCUUGGCCAGUGACGUCAUGUUUGUGGCGUCCAGCACUAACAAGAAGCAACUCCUCAAGUCUUUCGUGUGGAUCUUGUUGACUGCGACCAAUAGAACACCUGGAAUGCGCGCGUGUAAAAUAAAUGAGGCGUUCUGGAAAACGGUCUUUAUGCAUGUGCGCAAAGUGUCUUCCAAGACCAGCCGUUAAAGUCCGCACACGUUAAUCAGGGACGACACUUUCCGCUUUUAUGGUAUUUUUGGUUAAAAUUUUAAGGAAAAUCUUGAUUAGGCGGAUUCUGUCGCUUCAGAUCUGGGACGAAAGAUAACGCUUUUUCAAGAUAUGUAUAAGAACUCAAAUGUAUGUGAAUAAAAUACAAUUAAACAA